AGUCCGUGACUAGGCAAUAAUUCUCACCCAUGGUUGGCUGACAGGAUUCCCUUUGAGCAAUGCUAUCGCUAUAAAGCCGCAACAACCAAUGAUCAAGCAUCAGAAAUGGCUUCCUCUUCGUUCAGGCACCUGGUGGUGCUGGCAAUUGUCCUGCUUUCCCUUAGUCCUAUUGAUGUUCAAGCGGAAAGGAAGCUUCGACUAUACAAGCUGGAGAAACCGAUCGAGAAGAAACAGGAUUUGCAAUGCCAUCUGCGUAUCGCGGAGUUUGAGGAGAAUGUGUUGAAAGUUAGCGGAGAAAUGAAACAGCAUGUGACGAUGGACAACGACUGGAAGGUACACAUUACCGUCUCACGAGCUCCCGGACCUGAUGAGGAGUUCGAGGAAGUCCUCGACUUGGACGACCUGGGAGUUUGCGACCUCAUGAAGUCCUACUACAAAGAGUUCUUCUACGAGCGCCUCAAAGAGUACUCGAAUGCUCCGCAUCCUAGCACCUGUCCUCUGCCGCCGGAUCACUACCAGCUAGAGGACUUCCCACUGGACGUGCAUCUGUUAAAGAAGCUUCUAUUACCAGGAUACUACCGUAUUGUUUCUAGACUUCUACACGACGAGCACAUCAAGCUGGAAUAUAUGGCCGAGCUGGAAAUAAUGGAAUAAUCAUUUCAUAAAUGUAUAUUAUUCGUGAAUCGUCUAUGUUCAAAUUUCAGACUGGGCUAUUACAGAAUAGAGUCUCGUAUUAAUGACGUCCUUAUGACCAAAGUUAAAUUCUACAUCUGAUCCGUUACGAAUAAAGGUGCUCUUGUCUCUGUUA